AUAUAUGAGAUUGACGUCUAAUGUGGGAGGGAUAUUUAGGGUAGCAGAUUUCGGUUGUGGUACUGGGGAAAAUACUCUUGUGGUGGCAAACACCAUUGUCAAUGCUGUGCAACGCUCGUUUGAGGAACAUGAGAUACCAGAAUUUGAGGUGUAUUUCAUCGACCUUGCUUGUAAUGAUUUCAAUUCACUGUUUCGAAUGUUGCCUCCCCACAGACCAGACUAUGCUGAUGUUGAUAAUGGUGGUGAUAAAAAUCCAUUAGCUGGAAGGUCUUAUAUUGCAGCGGCUGUGUGUGGAUCACAUUUUAGACGCUUAGUCUCACGGAAAAGCCUGCAUUUCUAUCACUCUUCGACUAGUCUUCAUUGGCUUUCACGGGUGCCAGAGAGUGUUCAACAGAGAAGAUCUCCUCGUGUGUACGUUUCAGGCGAUUUUGAGGAAUCAGUGGGAGCUGCGUAUUUAGUACAGCAGUUUGAUAAAGACUUCACAGCGUUUUUAAAGGCCCGGGCAGAGGAGUUGGUUGAUGGGGGAUGCAUGUUUGUAUCUCUGCCGGGUCGUAAUGAAGGAACCCACAUGAUGGAGGAGCAAGGCAUAUGUGGAUUUGUUGCGCGCCAAAUAGAAUGUGCAUUUGAGGAACUAGUUAACGAGGGUAUUGUUGAAAAAGAGAAAUGGGAAUCAUUUAAGAUACCUUUUUUCGGUUCAAAUUCAGACGAAGAGGAAAGCAUUGUGAAAAAAGAGGGGUCAUUUGUAUUAAAGUUUGUAAAAACUUUGGAAGGAAUUUAUCCAUAUUGUAUGAUAGAUUUUGAAAGAGGUGAAGAAAAUAUAUUUGGAAGACUUAUAGCCAACAAUUAUAGAGCAGCAUUUGAAAAUAUUGUAGAAACUCAUUUGGGAUGCAAGAGAUCAACAGAAGAAUUGUUCUUUAGAAUUGGCAAAAGAGCUUCUAUUCUAAUAGAGGAAUAUCUCUCCAAAGAAACAAAGCUUGUUGUUGCCUUUCUCAUUAAGAAAGGAGUACACAACAAGACCUAUUAAUAAACAAUGUCCAAACUCUCUCAAUCAAACAAAAUGAGAAAUACCACUAAAUAAUUAUAAUAUAAUAAUUUUCAUCUGUUAGUGUUAGAAUCUUUCCAUUUAUUUUUUAUAUUCUUAGACAAGUUUGCACAGGUAAAUUUCUUUUGACAUCAUUCUUGCUCGAUUGCAUGUUUAAGUCUUAGAUAGUAGUUGGUAUUAUAGUAGACCUCUCUUACACUCUAAAUUAAGUCUUCCAUUUUAAGUCGAUCAUUGAGAUUGAUGCAAUAUAUCUUUAGAAUUUUUUAUGCACUGAAUGUUUUAAUAUACUUCCAUUUUGAACAUAUAUAUUAACCAGACUGAUGAAGCUCUCUCAGUACUAUCUUCACUUCAAUUGAUCCCCAGAUUUUGUAAGCCUUCCAUGUAGUAUUUUUGUAAGUUUUUAUUUCUAUGUUUUGUCGUCUAUGCGGAGGUACAAGCACUGUAAUCUUUGGCGGCACUCCUUGCUGUUGUUGUGGACAGAGCAUAGGAGAACAAUUGUAAAAGGCGGCAGAUUUUAAGGUGCAAUACCCUAUUGCCUGUUCAUCUUUUCCAAAGGCAAUUUCUAGCUGUAGAGGCAUUUUAACUCUUGCAUGUGAGAGAUUUUCUAUCCUUUGCGAUCAUAAACUUUAGUUUGCUGUUCGUCAUACCAUUUCAAACUGGUUGCGACUUCUAUAGCAGAGGUAAUGCCAACAUCUCCGUGCCCUAGUUUCCUGUGUAGAAAAUUGUGCUGAGGGCAUUUCAAUUCAGUGGGAGUUUAUUGUCGUAGCCAGGAAACAUUCAUCUUCUUGUAAUAGAUCAUGAAGUAUUAGAGUGAAGCUAGUCUUUUUUUUAAGAUGUUUCGUAUUACAAGUUUUCCUUUGUUAGUUCCUGCCGGCAGGGACUAUAGCGGAGGCUUUCUCCAGUAACUUGCGAUUAAACUCAAAGAAGCAGCCAAUGAGAAAUAGAUUCCUUGCAAAUAUUUCUUCAUACUCGUAUGUUCAUGUUUUAAAGUUGCACAUAUUUUAUCAGAAAUAUGGAUGGCAACUUUUUUGGCGUUUGCUGAGUGGAGUUUGUGGCGGUUUGCAGAGGGCUUCUCGAAUUUCAAUGGGAGAGAACGCACAAUUGCAGAGGUAUGCACGGCUUCAGAGGAGCCUGUAGAAGCAGGGUUGCAGGUAAGAUUUGUCUGUGAGGUUUAUAGCUGUUUCUGCAUGCUGGUGUCAAGUGGAAGAUCAUGGAAGACCUUAGGGAAUAGGGUGGAGCGUCGGCCCUAAUAAAAAAUGUCGAAACAUCUGUGAGGUUUAUAGCUGUUUGUGCAUGCUGGUGUCAAGUGGAAGAUCAUGGAAGACCUUAGGGAAUAGGGUGGAGCGUCGACCCUAAUAAAAAAUGUCAAAACAUUAUCAGAAUGCAACAGUGGUUGUGGUUAGUAGAGAUUGCGUUGUUUCCCAAGGAUGCACGAGAUUUACUUUUCUGAUAAAGUACUUAUGGAGGCCAUGGAUGAUUUACUAGGCUCUCCAAAAACAGGGCUUCAAAGGUCCUCCUCCAUGAUUCGUGAUUGGGAAUCUUGUUGAAAUUGCAAACUUGUUGCAGCAGUCGAUGCUUACAGAUAUGCCUUCGCUAACCAUGACAUCGGAAACAGAAUUUCACCUUAUAUAGCCAAGUGGUCACAGAUUUAUGGUCUCUUUCUCACAGAUGUAUGUUAUGUUUUUUAAUGUAUGUUCUAAUUUCUGGAUUAGUGGUUGUGCAAGAGAGAUUUUUUAUAUUGGUUUGGUUAUGAGCCCAGUAACCGAUGCCGAGCUAAUCAGGGAACUACUUUCUUCAGAGAUUUCUUAUGACUGUGAAAGGUCUCCAAUGAUUAAGAAGAUGCUUUCUGUGGUCAUGGGUAAUAGAUUCCCGUGCCCUCAAAUCUGGAGGCUUGGAAAGGGAGUAGAAGAUUGGAAAAUAACUUGAAGAAGAUUAUAGAGAAAAGGAAAGAGAGUGGAUCAUGUGGAGAUGAUCUCCUUGGUAUGAUACUCUCAGAAACAGAGAAUGUUUAUUCAGAUGAGAAGAAUUUUAGCCGCAUACAACAGCAAGUAAUGAACGAGUGCAAAGAAUUCUUCUUGGGAGGGAGAGAAACCACCAGUUUUCUGCUAUCAUGGGCAAUACUUUUGUUGGCACACAACCAGGGUUGGCAAGAAAAUGCUCAUCAAGGUUUUCGAAUGCAAAAGCUCAAAACAGUCAAGAAGUAGAUAGGGAAGCUCGAAACACAAAAGAAGCUCAAAUUACAAAAGCUUAAAAUAGUCAAUAAUCACACAAAAAAGCUCAAAACAGUUAGAAAGCUCACAAAGACACUGAUUCAGAGAAGGUUGAUGAAAUUGCACAAUUUAUUACGAUUACACAAUUUAUUACCACUAUACUAGUUUUGUCUUUAAAAUGUACAUAAUAGUUAAUUAGCAAACAGUAUUUAGAACAAGUAUUUUCAUUUUAAAUUCCUUGUAAAUGAGUUAAUAAUAUGGCCAAAUAAAAAUGCAAUCGGACACAUUGA